AUGAUCGACAACAACCCUGCUGACGUGCGGGAGUUGGGCGAUGGAGUAAUAGAUGACGAUCGGUCAGAUAUCCAAAGUAUCGUUUCAUCGAGUACAAGUCUCCGGGAAUCCAUUCUCAACUACCGCGUGGAGAAUGGGAGGACGUAUCACCGGUAUAAAGAUGGCAAAUACACCAAGCCCAACGAUGAGCGGGAGAUGGAAAGAUUAGAGUUGGAAAACGAGCUAUGGCUCAUAUCCCUCGACUUCACCUGCGGCGUCGCCCCGCCGUGCAGGAUGGACAACGAGACUGCGUGCGGCAGGGUGCUCGAUGUCGGUACCGGCAGCGGUAUCUGGGCCGUCAACUUUGCGGAUGACCAUCCAGAGGCGGAGGUCAUUGGCAUCGAUCUCUCGCCGCCCCUUUGUGACUAUGUACCUCCCAAUCUCAAAUUCGAGAUUGACGACCUCGAAGAGGAAUGGACCUGGUCACGACCUUUCAACUACAUCCACAGCCGCGUCAUGACGGGCGCCAUCAACGACUGGGACCUCUACCUCCGUAGAUGUUACGAACCCAGUAACCUCGAACCAGGCGGCUGGAUAGAACUCCAAGAACUAGACGUCCACGUAACCUCAGACGAUGGCACCCUAACCCCCCACCACGCCCUCUCGCACUGGUCCCGCCUUCUCGCCGCCGCCUCCCAGAAGCUCGGCAGGCCGUACAUCGACCCGCGCGCCCUCGCCACCGGCGAUCCGACCACGGGGCUCACCGCUGCGGGCUUCGUCGACGUGUCCGUCACGACCUUCAAGUGGCCGCUCAACGAGUGGCCCAAGAGCGCGAAACACAAGCAGCUCGGCCGGAUCCAGCUCGAGAACGGGACGACGGGCAUGGAGGCCUUUACUAUGGCGGCGUUUACGCGCGCUUUCAAGUGGACGCCCGAGGCUGUUAAUGUAUUUUUGGUGGAUGUGAGGAAUGAUUUGAGGGAUAGGGAUAUUCAUGCGUACAUGCCGGCGUGA